AUGAGCACGUGCUGUGCCAUGUCAUUCUGCAUGUACGGCUACGACGCCGGAGUUCUGGGAGGCGUUCAAACCACGGAGCCAUUCCUUGAUGCCAUGGGCCAUCCCACGGGCACCUAUGUGAUCCCCAUGAUUGCCUCCUCCUACACAUUGGCAGCAGCCGUGUGUUCUCUUGCCGUCACAAUGCUUGGAAUGCCCCUUGGCCGACGAGGCUGCAUUCUCAUGGGCGACGCCUUCGUGAUCGUCGGAGCAAGUCUGCAAGCCUCGGCCUGGUCGGUUCCGCAGAUCAUCAUCGGUCGAGUCCUGUGCGGGUUUGGAAUUGGAUUCAUCUCAUGCACUGUCCCCACAUACAUGGCGGAAAUGAGCAUCGACUCGAAAGAACGAGGUCCAGAAGUAGCAGUUCAAUGCGUCUGGCUUAUAUCUGGCGUCGCGCUGGCUUAUUGGGUGGACUUUGGCUUUACGAGGAUGAUGAACCAAGUAUCCUGGCGAUUUCCCAUUGCGUUCCAGGCGUUCUUUGCCACAGUGUCUAUUGUUGGAAUGUUCUUCUUACCAGAUACGCCAAGAUGGUAUUACGCCAAAGGACGGCACGACGAGGGUGAUGCAAUCGUUAUGCGUCUCCAUGCUCGACCUCGCGAUGACUCCCGAGUUCAGGCUAUGAGAGAGGAGAUUCUGGCAUCGAUCAAGUUGGAAGAUGAGGAUGAGCAUAAAUUCAACCCUCUCGAUUUGAUCUGGGAUAGAAGUGAUUUGAGAGCCGGUCGCCGGAUCCGGAUUUCAUUCAUGAUUCUCUCGCUUCAGCAGAUGAUGGGAAUCAAUCUCUCCGUCUACUAUUCGACAGUCAUCUUCGCACAAGUCGGGCUAUCUGCCUUUCUCUCUCAACUGCUCGCCGCAGUCAUGAACACGGGAUUUGCCGCGGGCACAUAUUUCCUGCCCAACACGAUUGAACGAGCCGGCCGCCGUGGUGUUUUGAUCUGGUCGGCCGUCAUUUUGACAGUCUGCAUGCUGGUUUUCGUCAUUAUGAUCGGUCUCCCGACUCAAACGCUCGCAACUCAAUGGACAGCUGUCGCUUUUGUCAUUAUUUACAACUUUGUCUUCGGAUAUGGCUGGAUAGGUGUUCCUUGGUUAUACGGCCCUGAAAUCGCUCCCCUCAAACUUCGCCAUUUAGGAGGUGCGGCAGGUGCAUUUGGCGAAUGGCUCUUCAGCUUCAUCACUGUUUUUGCCGGUGGAAUUGCCUUGCAGAAUGUGGGCUGGAAGAUUUGGAUCUGGAUGCUACUAUCUUGUGCCGUGGCUGUUCCGUUUGUCUACUUCUUGUGUCCUGAGGUAACGCACCCCGCCCUUGGCGCCUUCAAGAAGAAAUAA